GUGGUUGAACCAUUUUGAAGCAUGCGUUACCUCCGCGCCAAGCACAUCCGCAAGUCGCUGCGGCAAUUCCAGUUCCUGUGCGGGAUCAAGCCUCCGUACAAAGUCCUUUUGGACGGUAACUUCAUCGCAAUGUGCAUCAAGAUGCAUGUGGACAUUGCUGUGCGGUUGCCAUCGUUCUUGCAGACAGACAAGUGCACGUACUUUGUCACGCGGGCCGUGCUGGACGAGUUGAAGCUCCUGAGUGACGACGCGGACAUGCGGGCGGCAUGGGAAGCAGCUAGCGCCUUCGAAGUCGUGGAGGGAGGCAGUGACGACGACGACUCAACGGACGUGACCAGCUCGAUGGUCGCGGCCGUCGGCGCACGCAACGACAAGAAAUUCAUCGUGGCCACCCAGGAAACAGAGCUGCGCGGCCGACUGCGCCGCGUGCCAGGUGUGCCGCUCAUUUAUUUAAACCGAUCGGUGCUGGUGUUUGAAGACAUGAGCGAGGCCACGCUACGCAUCAGUCGCAAGGACGACCACGCUAAAGAGACCAAGCUAAACGACAGCGAAAAGCGAAAGCUCGAGGCCGUGGCGUCGUCCGCCCCCAAGGAAGCGCCGGAGAAGAAGGCGCGGUUGGUCAAGCGAGCCAAAGGGCCGAAUCCGCUGUCCAUGAAGAAGGCCACCAAGCCCAAAAAGGUUCGCGCUCCCAAGCGAAAACAACCUACGACGUAAUAUAUGAUGACCCAUACGCCAAUUAUUUCAAACAUAUCUGGGUCAAUUGAAU